UACCCCCUCACAAUCCAACGGGAAAAGGCGUCUUCAUAAACGCCACCCCAAACCUCUCAUUUUUUUUUUUCCUUCCAAUUUUCCAAUCCAAUUUUUAGGGUUUCAUCUUCUUCUCCGAGAAAAUGAGAGAGUGCAUUUCAAUCCACAUCGGUCAGGCCGGUAUCCAGGUCGGAAACGCAUGUUGGGAACUCUAUUGCCUCGAGCAUGGCAUUCAGCCCGAUGGACAGAUGCCCAGUGACAAGACCGUUGGCGGAGGAGACGACGCCUUCAACACAUUCUUCAGCGAGACCGGUGCUGGGAAACACGUGCCACGCGCAGUCUUCGUGGAUCUUGAGCCCACGGUCAUUGACGAAGUUCGAACCGGGCCCUACCGCCAGCUCUUUCACCCAGAACAGCUCAUCAGCGGCAAGGAAGAUGCCGCCAACAACUUCGCGCGUGGCCACUAUACCAUCGGAAAGGAGAUUGUCGAUCUCUGCCUCGACAGGAUCCGUAAGCUCGCCGAUAACUGCACCGGUCUCCAGGGCUUCCUCGUCUUCAACGCCGUCGGUGGCGGCACCGGUUCCGGUUUGGGAUCGCUUCUCUUGGAGCGUCUAUCCGUUGACUACGGGAAAAAGUCCAAGCUCGGUUUCACCGUUUACCCAUCUCCUCAGGUUUCGACCUCCGUGGUGGAGCCAUAUAACAGUGUUCUCUCAACUCAUUCUCUUCUGGAACACACCGAUGUUGCCGUCCUUCUCGACAACGAAGCAAUCUACGACAUUUGCAGGAGAUCUCUCGACAUCGAGCGCCCUACCUACACCAAUCUCAACCGUCUCGUUUCUCAGGUGAUUUCAUCCCUUACUGCCUCUUUGAGGUUUGAUGGAGCACUGAAUGUGGAUGUGACUGAGUUCCAAACCAACUUGGUUCCUUACCCGAGGAUCCAUUUCAUGCUUUCUUCUUAUGCCCCUGUUAUCUCUGCUGAGAAAGCAUACCACGAGCAACUUUCCGUUGCUGAGAUUACCAACAGUGCUUUUGAACCAUCCUCCAUGAUGGCCAAGUGUGACCCUCGCCAUGGGAAGUACAUGGCGUGUUGUUUGAUGUACCGGGGUGAUGUUGUGCCGAAGGAUGUGAAUGCUGCAGUGGCGACCAUCAAGACCAAGAGAACCAUCCAGUUUGUGGAUUGGUGCCCCACUGGGUUCAAGUGUGGUAUCAAUUACCAACCUCCUACUGUUGUUCCCGGAGGUGACCUUGCGAAGGUGCAGAGGGCUGUGUGCAUGAUUUCUAACUCAACCAGUGUGGCUGAAGUGUUCUCAAGGAUUGAUCAUAAGUUUGAUCUGAUGUAUGCGAAGAGGGCGUUCGUGCACUGGUAUGUGGGUGAAGGUAUGGAAGAGGGUGAGUUCUCAGAGGCUCGUGAGGACCUUGCUGCUCUUGAGAAAGAUUACGAGGAGGUUGGCGCUGAGUCUGGCGAUGGAGAGGAUGUUGACGGAGACGAGGAAUAUUAGACUCUGGAAUAUCUGUCUGAUACAUGUGUUUGAUGUUAACUAUUUCGUUUUCUCUGGGAUCAAAUUCUGUGUGCUGAGUUUUUAAAUGUUUGGUUGUUAUCAAAUAUCAAUAUAUGUGCUUUGUAUAGCACAAAAGUUUCCCUA